AUGGAGGUGCUGCAGGUUAUCAUGGAGUCGGCCAAGAUUGACCCGCCCCAAAGCCCCCCACCCAGUCCUUGCGUGACCAUCUACUUCAGAGAUAUCAAGAAGAGAACUCUUGCUGUGAAAGGGAACAACCCCACGUGGAAUGAGACCCUGCUCUGGCACCUCUGGACUGGACCCCUGGAAAAUGACUCCUUCUUGCAAAUCAUCCUUCGGGACAUGGGCUCAACAAAGAAAGAAAGGUUCAUUGGCCUGGCCACAGUACUGCUGAAGCCCCUGGUGGACCAACCACAUGAGGUCUUAUUCGUGAAAGAUUUACCCCUGCUCAACCAUUCCAUGGACUCUACAGAUUGCACUGCCACCCUACAGGUGACCCUUGUGACUACCCAGAAUAUUAAGACAGAGGAUGAAGACAUCCUUGGCAUAACGACAAGAGAAGUGGAGAAGCAAAAACUAAUGGUUCCUGGCUGCAUUGUGCCCACGGCUCUGUCUUCAAAGCCUCAGGACUUUCAGGUUCGAGUGAAGGUGUUUGAAGCCCGGCAGCUCAUGGGCAACAACAUCAGGCCACUGGUGAAGUUAACCAUUGGAGGCCAGGAGUACCACACGAGGAUCAAGUUGGGAAACAACCCUUUCUUCAAUGAGACCUUUUUCCAGAAUUUUCAUGAGGUUCCUGCAAAGUUCUUUGAUGAGACCAUCUUAAUCCAGACAGACAUUGGGUUUGUCUACCAUUCUCCAGGUCAUACACUCUUAAGAGAGUGGUUAGGCCUCUGCCAGCCAGAUAGCCCCACCAUUGGUGUGAGAGGCUACCUGAAAGUCACCAUCUGUGUCCUUGGUGUGGGAGACCAGGCCAUGGUAGAUCUAACACUGACCAAUAGGGCUGGUGUCACCAGUCCUAAGCUCUUCAAGUCAACGGCAGUCCCAAUCAACAUGGCUCAAUUACAGUUCUUCAUCUACUGCGCAGAGGACCUUCAUUUCAACAAACACCAACCAGGGAAUUCUAUGUUGGAGGUAGAACUAAGUGGGAAAAAGCUCAAGACCGAUGUGCAGACCCAAACCGAGAACCCUAUCUGGAACCAGAUCCUGACCUUCCCAAUUCAGCUACCCUGCCUCUCCAGCUACAUCAAGUUGAGAGUCUUGGACUGCACAAGGAAGGAUUGCCAGGAUGAGAUUGGUACUGUCAGCCUGUCCCUCAACCAGAUCUCAUCCACUGGUGCAGAGAUGGAAGGCAAGCAGAAUCCCACCCCUGCCUGCUUUCUUCCAGGAGUGUACUCUGGCUUCCUACCCUGCUUCGGCCCCAGCUUCCUGAUACUCCAUGGUGGUAAAAAGGCCCCUUUCAGGAUCCAGGACGAAGGCACUUAGAGUCCUGACGCUGUUAAGGAUGGGUUAGCUUAUCGAGGCCGAGUCUUCCUGGAGUUAACCACUCAAAUAAAAGCCCAUCAAGACUUUAAGAUAAAGGAUCUCUCCCAUGAAGUGACCAGGACAGAGAAACAACAGAACCGCCAAAAGUAUGGACUGUGUGUCAUCUUCCUCUCCUGUACUAUGAUGCCUGACUUUAAGGAUCUGAUCCAAUUUGAAGUCAGCAUCGGCCAUUAUGGAAACAAGAUGGACCUGAAUUACAAGCGUCUAGUCUCAACCACACAGUACAGCCCAGUGAUAUAUGAUGGGAACAUCUACCAUUAUGUGCCCUGGUACAACACCAAGCCUGUUGUGGCAGUGACCUCAUACUGGGAGGACGUCAGCUUCCGCAUGAAUUGCCUCAACCUCCUCCACUUUACUAGGGACCGCCUGAAAGCCAAUCUGGACACCCUGAAGUCCAUGCGGAAUCCAAAGGACCCAGCCCUGCUCCUCCAGUGGGAGAAGCUGCUAACAGAACUGGUGGAGGACUGCCAGCGCCCUCUGCCCUGCCUGGUUGAUCAACCCAAAGCCACAGACCUGGAUAAGAAGAGAUGGGAGCUCCGCAGCCUUCUCCUGCAGGAAUUGGCCAAACAGGCCAAGGAAGCCAAGCCCAAGGACAUGGUGGCCACAGUGGAAGGCUGGCUAUACCGCCUCAACUCUGUGCUCCCUGAGCCCCAGGUGAACAUCCCAGAUGUGAUGAUCUGGCUAGUGUCCAAGGACCAGCAAGUGGCUUAUGCACAGGUGCCUGCCCACACCAUCCUCUUCUCCCAGGCUGGGCCCCUGCAGUCUGGCAGGUUCUGUGGGAAGACACAGACACUCCUUCUACAGUACCCACAAGGUGAAGGACAGAAGGGCACGCUCCCGGCCCACCUCCGGGUCUGCAUGUGGCUUGGCAACGUGGACGACAGCAAAGAUCUUAAGCUGCUCCACCAUGGCAAUGUGGUCGUGUACGCAGAGACGUAUGAAAACCAGGCUAAGUACAAAGACCAAUGGGGGCAGCAGGGGCUGCACCGCUGCCCCAACUUCUCAGACGUCAUAGGACACACAGCCCUCCCCAAAGAAGAUUUCAAGGAGCCCCCUGGAUGGCACUGGCAGGGGAAGUGGAUGGUGGAGCCUCAGAGGAGACUUCUCCUGGACAUAGACAUCAACAAGAGCCAGGUGCUGGAGGAGGUGUACGAGAACCAGAAGCGUGACGUCACAGGGGCCUGGGUGCCUGCAGACAUCCCAAACACAGACGUGGAUGGAAACUCCACAGAUGCCCGGGAGAAUAUGAAGUGUCCCCGAGGCUGGUACAUUCAGAAGAAUUGGACUGUGGAGCUGAACCACGCAGUGGACAAUGAAGGCUGGGAGUAUGGAGUGGGGAUCCCGCCUUCAGGCCUACCACAGGUCUGGAACUCUGUGGAGAAGACCUACUACUCAGUCAGGCGGCGGCGCUGGGUACGCAUGCGGUAUCGGAGCCCCCAGAAGCUGACCCAUGAGCAGGAGACCCUCUCUUUCCUGCAGCUGCACAGCCCUAGUGUGGCCAAGGAGGAUGAGGGCUGGGAGUAUGGUACCUUCGGCUCCAAGUUCCAUCUGAACCCUCAACCCACCAGCCAGUUCCGCCGUCGCUGCUGGCAUCGCAGGCUGGCCCCCAACAAGGACAAGGGCAUCGCACCCAUAUUUCUCCUUGAGGGAUCCCUGCAAGCUAAGGAAAAGGAGAAGGGAGAGGAGGACAGACUGUCUUUAUGGGGAAUGAGCAAUAUAUUCUCCAAUAUCUGGAGACCUACCCCAGAGAAUACUCGGCCACUCAACAUGCCCUUCAUCUAUUUCAUCUUCAACAAGCCCCACUACUACCAGCUCUUCUGCUACAUCUACCAGGCCCGAAACCUGAUGCCCAACCAGAUCCAGACUUUCCAGAGGCCUUUCAUUAGAGCAGUCUUCUUGAACCAUAGCCAGUGCACCCAGACCCUGAGUAGCUCUGCAGCCCCGACAUGGGCCCAGACACUGGUCUUCCUGCACCUCCUUCUCUAUGAGAACCCUCAGGACACCAAAGAGACCCCACCGCUUGUGGUGCUUGAACUGUGGCAGCAGGACUCCCAGGGCAAAGAGAGCUUGUGGGGACGAAGCAUGUGGUCCCCAGUUGUCUGGCUGGAUCCCCAAGACCGGACCCUGCCCCCCAUGAGGUGGCACCCCCUUGUAAAAGGGAUGGGGGAGGAAGAGGGUGAGAUACUGGCAUCUUGUGAGCUGAUCCUCAAGACCCAGGUACUGGGAGAGAGGAAGCCACCGAUCUUAAGUGUUCCCUGGAAGGAUAAGAUCUACCUGCUUCCCAAGGACAUCCAGCCUACACUAAAGAAGAUGGCUAUUGAGGUCCUAGUCUGGGGUCUUCGGAACAUGAAGAAUGUGUGCUCCCCCUAUCUCCUGGUGGAAUGCGGGGAACAGUCCCUGAGGACAGAACCCAUCAAGGACUUCCAGACCAACCCCAACUUCCCCCAGUCUGCCCUCUUCUUCACAUUGUUUAUGCCUACAGAGGAGGCCUACUCACUGCCCCUCAUGGUGAAGGUAGUGGAUACCCGGGACUUCGGCCAGCAGACCAUGGUGGGUCAGGCCAACAUCGACUUCCUACAGCCCUAUUUCUGUGAUCCCUGGGCUGACAACUACGUACCCCCAAGGCUUCCAACGCUGUCCAUGAAGAAGCACCAGGAGCUCUUAAGUUACCUCUACGAAAAGUUAUGGCUCAAGUACAACAAAACUGAGGAUGAAUAUGAGCAUGAAGUGGAUUGGUGGAGCAAGCUGUCCUGGGCCACAGGAGAUGCUCAGAAAUCUUUGAAGUACAAGGACAAAGACUACCAUACCCUAAAGGUGUAUGACUGUGAGCUGGAGGCAGUGCCAGACUUCAAAGGUCUGCAGGACUUCUGCCAGACUUUCAAACUCUACAAGGAGCAGCCUGUGCUGGACAGCCCUGUGGUGGGAGAGUUCAAGGGCCUUUUCCGCAUCUACCCAUUUCCCGAGGAUCCUAAGGCCACCAAGCCCCCCCGCCAGUUCUUGGCUUGGCCUGAGAAAGAAGGCUUCCCUCAGGAGUGCUUGGUGCGGGUGUACGUGGUACGAGCAUUCAGCCUACAGCCCCAGGACUACAAUGGUCUGUGCGACCCUUAUGUGAUCCUGAAACUGGGGCAGAAACAGGUUGGCAACCGAGACACGUAUCAGCCAAACACUCUGGAUCCCAUCUUUGGCACGAUGUUUGAAUUGAGCUGCAACAUCCCUCUGGAGAAGGACCUAGAGAUCCAGCUGUAUGACUUUGAUCUGUUUUCACCUGAUGAUAAGAUUGGAACUACAGUCAUUGACCUCGAAAACCGACUCCUCUCUGGCUUUGGAGCUCGUUGCGGGCUCUCCAAAUCCUACUGCCAGUCAGGGCCCUUUAGGUGGCGGGAUCAGGUGCCCCCAAGCUACCUCCUGGAACGCCUUGCCAAGCUGAAAGGGGUAUCUCCACCUCUGUUCAAUACUGAAGAUGACACUGUUUUUUACAAUGGGAAAAAAUUCAAGCUGCAAAGCUUUGAGCCCAAGCCUCCUACUGCUCAGGACUUGGGAUCCAAGAAGGAACGCCUUGCACUCCAUCUCCUGCACACCCAAGGGUUGGUGCCCGAGCACCUGGAGACCCGCACACUGUACAGUGACAGCCAGCCAGGCAUCGACCAGGGAAAGGUGCAAAUGUGGGUGGAUAUCUUCCCCAAGAAGCUUGGCCCUCCUGGCCCCCGAGUCAACAUCAGCCCCCGAAAGCCAAAAAGCAAAGCCUCAGAACACAGUGGCUGCAGGUAUGAGCUGCGCUGCAUUAUCUGGCAAGUUUCCAACGUGGACCUGAAGGACAGUUUUUUCGGUGAAAAGACCAGUGAUAUCUACAUCAAAGGGUGGUUAUUCGGGCUAGAAAAAGACAUGCAGAAGACAGAUAUCCACUACCAUUCCACAACUGGGAGAGGUUACUUCAACUGGCGGUUCAUCUUCACCAUGGACUAUCUGGCAACUGAGCAAAUGUGCGUCCAGAGCCAGAAGGACUACAUAUGGAGUUUGGAUCCCACAUCAAUGAAGUUCCCACCCCAGCUCAUCAUCCAAGUCUGGGACAAUGACACGUUAUACAAUGAUGACUUUCUAGGGGUCCUAGAGCUGGAUUUGUCUGACAUGCCCUGGCCUGCCCGGAAUGCCAAAGCCUGCUCCCUCAAGAUGAUGGACACAGAGCCCAAGUGGCCCCAUUUCCACCAACACAAGCACAUCUCCCUCUUUAAGAAGAAGAUUUUAACUGGCUGGUGGCCUUGCCAGGUCCUCGAUAAUGGAAAAUGGCGCUUGUCGGGUAAAGUGAACAUGACUCUGGAGAUGCUGACAGAGGAUGAGGCCUUACUCAAGCCAGCUGGACGAGGACAGUCAGAACCCAACCAAUACCCUACACUUCAACCCCCCAUACGCCUCCACAAUGUCUUCAGAUGGCUGCAAUUACCUCUGCAAAACAUGUGUUUUUUUAUCUGGAAACACAACCGCUCCAAAAUCCUAGCCAUCUUUGUUAUAUUGUUUAUACUAUCACUGCUGUUCAACUUUAUCUAUUCAACUCCGAACUAUUUGGCCAUGAGCUUGGUUAAACCUGGAGUUCGAGUAGCUGAUCAGCAUUAA